AACCAGCCAAUCGGAAUGCAGAGUCACCGGGAAAUUUAAAUCGCGCCGGCCGGCUGCACGAGGCACACGGUCUCUAGGCUGAGCCGCAGCAGACGUUUCCAGGGCAGCCGAUCCGCAGCUUGGGAGCCCCGCACCGCCUCUUGUGGAAGCCUGAGCCCGCUGUGCUGCUUUCUCUCUUUGUCUCAACCAUGUCCACCAAUGAGAAUGCUAAUUCACCAGCUGCCAGGCUUAACAGAUUCAAGAACAAGGGGAAAAACAGUACAGAAAUGAGGCGGAGGCGAAUAGAAGUUAAUGUGGAGCUGAGGAAAGCUAAGAAGGAUGACCAGAUGCUGAAAAGGAGGAAUGUAAGCUCAUUUCCUGAUGACGCUACCUCUCCACUGCAGGAAAACCGCAACAAUCAGGGCACUGUGAAUUGGUCUGUUGAUGACAUUGUCAAAGGCAUAAAUAGCAACAAUUUGGAAAGCCAGCUCCAAGCUACUCAAGCUGCUCGGAAACUGCUUUCUAGAGAAAAACAGCCCCCCAUAGACAACAUACUCCGGGCUGGUUUGAUUCCAAAAUUUGUGUCCUUCUUGGGAAGAACUGACUGUAGUCCCAUUCAGUUUGAAUCUGCUUGGGCGCUCACUAACAUUGCUUCUGGGACAUCAGAACAAACCAAAGCUGUAGUGGAUGGAGGUGCUAUCCCCGCGUUCAUUUCUCUGUUGGCAUCUCCCCAUGCUCAUAUCAGUGAACAAGCCGUGUGGGCACUAGGAAACAUUGCAGGUGAUGGUUCAGUUUUCAGAGACUUGGUUAUCAAAUAUGGUGCAGUUGACCCACUGUUGGCUCUUCUUGCAGUUCCUGAUAUGUCAUCUUUAGCAUGUGGUUACUUACGUAAUCUUACCUGGACACUUUCAAACCUUUGUCGCAACAAGAAUCCUGCACCCCCAUUAGAUGCUGUUGAGCAAAUUCUUCCAACUUUAGUUCGUCUCCUGCAUCAUAACGAUCCAGAAGUUCUAGCAGAUACUUGCUGGGCUAUUUCCUACUUGACCGAUGGUCCAAACGAGCGCAUUGAAAUGGUUGUGAAGACAGGAGUUGUUCCCCAACUCGUGAAGCUUCUAGGAACUAUUGACUUGCCGAUUGUGACUCCUGCCCUAAGAGCCAUAGGGAAUAUUGUCACUGGAACAGAUGAACAGACUCAGGUUGUGAUAGAUGCAGGAGCACUUGCUGUCUUUCCCAGCCUGCUAACUAACCCCAAAGCUAAUAUACAGAAGGAAGCUACGUGGACGAUGUCAAACAUCACAGCUGGCCGCCAGGACCAGAUACAGCAAGUUGUGAAUCAUGGAUUGGUCCCAUUCCUUGUUGGCGUUCUCUCUAAGGCAGACUUUAAGACACAAAAGGAAGCUGUGUGGGCUGUGACCAACUAUACAAGUGGUGGGACAGUUGAGCAGAUUGUGUACCUUGUUCAUUGCGGCAUAAUAGCACCACUGAUGAACCUCCUAAGUGCGAAAGACACUAAAAUAAUCCUGGUCAUUCUGGAUGCCAUUUCAAAUAUCUUCCAGGCUGCUGAGAAACUAGGUGAAACAGAGAAACUUAGUAUAAUGAUUGAAGAAUGUGGAGGCUUGGACAAAAUUGAAGCUCUACAGAACCAUGAGAAUGAGUCUGUGUACAAGGCAUCACUAAGCUUGAUUGAGAAGUACUUCUCAGUAGAGGAAGAAGAAGAUCAAAAUGUUGUGCCAGAAACUACCUCUGAAGGCUAUUCCUUCCAAGUUCAGGAUGGGACUCCUGGAACCUUUAACUUCUAGUUGUUCAGCUGAGGCAUAAUCAUUCGUUGUGU